AUGGUGAAGACUAGUGAUCACUUGCCUCGUUGGAAUGAUCAAAGAUUUCAUAAUUCCACUCAAGUAGCCAUUAAUUAUUCUAUAGUUAAUAUAUAUGCCUAUUCUGCAGCUAUUCCGCUAUCUGUUAUUGGUUUUAUAGCAAAUCUUCUAUUACUUUAUUUGAUUAAAAGUGAUCGUCACUUUCGUUCUAUGACUUAUAAUCUUAUUCAAAUAUCAGUUAUAUCGGAUCUUCUAUCGUUAAUGGGCACUAUGACUGGAUUUACGCUUGUCGCUGCUGUUAAGAUUGGAUAUUUUUGGGGAUCGAUAUUAUGUAAAUGCUUACUCUUUACAAUAUUUAUUUCAUAUGGAGUAUCAAUCACUACUUUAUGCAUGAUUAGUAUUGAUCGCUAUCUGGCUAUCGUUAAGCCAAUAUCAGUUACCACACUAAAAUAUAAGAAACGUUUAGUUUAUGUUGGCCAAUGCCUCGGUUGCCUUAUAACUCUUGGCAUUGCUUUGCCUAUCCUUUAUUUAGCCAAUGUUUAUCGCGAGGAUACAAAAUUUUGUGAUGUACCCAAUGUUUCAGUUUCAACCGCUGUCUACCUAGUGUUGCAAGGAGUUUUCAUGUAUCUCAUUCCAAUGCUUAUCUUAGUUAUAACUUAUGGUAAAAUAGUUAAAUAUCAAACUCAUUAUGUCCAGCCAGGACAGAAUAGGGCUACUUAUGAAAAAUAUUUUAAAGCUGCUGUUAACUCAUCAGAAAAUACAUUACGUCCACUACACAUUAAUCUUAUCAGUAAUAAAAUUAUUAAUCCGUAA